AUGAGUUCUCUUCAAUGGCAAAGUGCUGUGCACCAUCACUGCGGGUGUCCUACGCUAUCUCUACCUGGCAUCCUUCACCUGGAUGCUGCUGGAAGAUGCUGGCUCCACACAGACAAAGGAUUCAUAUGGACCUUCUUUGGCCCCAUCUGCACCAUUUUCUCCAUUAAUUUGGCUUUCUUUCUGAUGACCUUCUGGAUUGUGAAAACCAAGCUCUCCUCCAACAACAGAGAUGUGUCCACACUCCAGAACACAAGGAUGCUGACAUUUAAAGCCACAGCUCAGCUGCUCAUCUUGGGCUGCACGUGGUGCCUGGGCAUCCUGCAGGUGGGUCCAGCUGCCCAUGUCAUGGCUUACCUCUUCACCAUCAUCAACAGCCUGCAGGGCAUCUUCAUCUUCCUGGUGUACUGCCUCCUCAGCCAGCAGGUCCGGGAACAAUACAAAAAAUGGUUCAAAGAGGUCAGGAAAACCAAAGCCGAGUCAGAGAAGUACAUGCUCUCAAGUGGGACCAUGUCUGAUGCCUCCAAACACAGUUGGUAAUAUUAUGCAGUGCUCCCAGAGCAUUUCACUAACCAAUCCUCUUGACAAGCUCAUGCCUAUCUCACUGGACAACCUGGGAUAUAUUGGAUGGUUCACACCAAGUUUACCCCUGGACUCACUUGAAGGCACUUCCCUGUCUUGAAAUGAGGUCUUCCUAUACUUACACUCACUGAGGUUCUAUGCUCACAUUGACCCUUGCAUGACUGUCCUCUUUCCCCACAAUUGUAGAGCACCCCCUUUGUGUGACAUGUUGCAUAUGGUUUCUAAUUGUACUUGGGGAGAAGAUACAAAAGAUAGAUACUUAUAAGCAGAGAGGGAAACUUGGUCAGCUAAAUAAUUAGGAAUUAAUGAUCUGGAGCAAUGAUGCACAAACUGCACAGUCACCGCCCAUCCUUUAUCCCAAGUCAUUCUGGAAAGAAAAUGAGACUCACAGGGCUUAUGUCAAUUAUGCAAGGCCUUCAGCCUCCUCUACUUUCCCCCAACUUCAGUGACCCCCACCCUGCCUGCCAAGUCAUCUGCACAUCUCUCCCCCACUUGCUUGUCCUCCUUCUGAGACUGUUCCUUCCCAAAUGCUCUACUCAUCAAAAUCUCAUCCUUCGAACUUUUUCCUCUUUCCAGCAGAUCUUCUUACUGAAUUCUUCAUAUAGAAAACAUGAGUCAGCAGGAAGAAACAAGGUUAAUUUCGCACUCUCAAAAACACCAACCAUUUGGCAUCCUGUUCAUUGUCUCCUCAUUCCAUCUUGUCACCACAGAUAGACAAAAUAUACUUCCUACCUUUUACACUAAUUCUUCAACCUGCACACCUCCUGACUUCUCAGUAACUUCACAUUACUGAUCAUACAUUUUCUUUCUAAUAUAUUUGGUCUCAUGUCCUCAAUAGCAUCCUUUCCACCUGCUUUGCAACAUGUUAAAUCUCUCUCUGACACUGAAGUAUUGUUAUAUAUUUGAUUCCUCCCUCUUCUUCCUCCAGAUAUUCGAAACUGGAUUUUGCCUCCAUCAUUCUACCAAAAGAGCUCUCUCUUAGGCCUCCAAUGUUCUCCACUUAUAAAUAUCUUUUGGUCCUCUUAGCUUUCUUGACAGCACUUGAUACUCUUGGCAGUACUGGAUGCUGUGUUUGCCUCCUCCAUUUUGAAAUACUCCUCUUGUGUGUCUGGCUUCUAUGUCUCAACAGUCCCUGGAAAACUUGCUAUCUUUCUACCUGAGCUUUCUUCAUCUCCUUUAUAUUUCAACUAUGAACCACUUCUAUUCUCAUAGUUUGGUACAAGAUUUUAUGAUGUAUGUAUAUUAAUGUUUAGAAAAGUUAAUAAGUACAUUUCAAAGUGUACAUCUUGCCUGUGUCUUGGAAGAGGCAGCCAUGUGAUGUAGGGGAGAUUUUUCCUAUUUUGCUGUAUAUAUACAUUGUUAACAUUAUUUAAAAAGAGAAUAUUCACAUAUUUGUGAUCUGAAAAAUAAAAAGAAAAUUCUAAGUUGCUACAAAGCACAAAGAAAUAAAUUCACAUGAUAUGGAUAACUAUCUACUUUUCACUUUAAACUGUUCACAUCUACCCUCUGGGAGGGUAUGUGCUAUGGUGAGUGCUGUGAAUUGUGUAAGACUGUUGAAGCACAGACCUGUACCUCUGAAACAAAUAAUAUAUUAUAUGUUAAAAAAAAAAAAGAAUACAAAUUUUAGGAUUGUUUGUUCCAGCACUUUGAAAAAUGUCAUUGGAAUUUUGAUCGGGAUGGCAUUGAAGGUAUAGAUUGCUCUGGGUAGCAUAGACAUUUUAACGAUGUUUAUUCUUCUGAUCCAUGAGCAUGGAAUAUUUUUCCAUCUUUUUGUGUCUUCUUCAAUUUCUUUCAUGAGGGUUUUGUAGUUCCUAGAGUAUAGAUCCUUUACCUCUUUGGUUAGGUUUAUUCUGAGGUAUCUUAUGGGUUUUGGUGCUAUUGUAAAUGGAAUCAUUUCUCUAAUUUCUCUUUCUACAGUUGCAUUGUUAGUGUAUAAGAAAGCAACUGAUUUCUGUGCAAGUUGGUACAGCCACUUUGGAAAACAGUGUGGAGGUUCCUCAAAAAUUUAAAAAUAGAGAUACCCUAUGACCCAGCAAUUGCACUACUGGGUAUUUACCCCAAAGACACAGAUGUAGUGAAAAGAAGGGCCAUAUGCACCCCAAUGUUCAGAGCAGCAAUGUCCGCAAUAGCCAAACUGUGGAAAGAGCCAAGAUGCCCUUCAACAGAUGAAUGGAUAAAGAAGAUGUGGUCCAUAUAUACAAUGGAAUAUUAGUCAUCAGAAAGGAUGAAUACCCAACUUUUGCAUCAACAUGGAUGGGACUGGAAGAGAUUAUGCUGAGUGAAAUAAGUCAAGCAGAGAAAGUCAAUUAUCAUACGGUUUCACUUAUUUGUGGAACAUAAGGAAUAGCAUGGA